UGGAGACCAGUGAGGACGUGGAAAUCCGUCUGCAGUCCGCAGCCGGGACCCGGUAGCCUCUUCUUCUUGUGUUUUCACAGCCGUUAAUCCUCGAGCAGAAACGAAAGGGGAACUUGUUCUGUGUUUGUCACCUAUUUUAUGUGAGCGUUCAUGUAAGAAGAAGCAAAGGAGUGAAGAAUGAAACUCAAAGAGAUCAACCGCACGGCCAUCCAGAGCUGGAGUCCUGCUCAGCACCACCCCAUCUACCUGGCUACAGGAACAUCAGCCCAGCAGCUGGAUGCCUCCUUCAGCACCAAUGCGUCCUUGGAGUUUUUCGAGCUGGACUUGGCUGAGCCAGCUCUGGACAUGAAGUCAUGUGGCAGCUUCUCCUCCACUCACAGAUACCACAAGCUGGUGUGGGGUCCGUAUGGGAUGGACGCAGAAGGUCACCCGUCCGGUGUCCUCAUCGCCGGAGGUGAGAACGGCAACGUCAUCCUGUACGACCCUGCAAAGAUCAUCGCUGGAGAGAGCGAUGUGAUCAUCGCUGAGAGCGACAGGCACACGGGGCCAGUGAGAGCUCUCGAUGUCAACCCGUUUCAGACAAACCUGGUUGCAUCAGGUGGGAAUGAGUCUGAAAUCUAUAUCUGGGACAUGAACAACUUUGGUUCUCCUAUGACACCAGGACCUAAAACUCAGCCCCUGGAGGACAUCAGCUGCGUGUCGUGGAACAGACAGGUCCAACACAUCCUGGCCUCUGCCAGCCCGAGCGGCCGAGCCUCGGUGUGGGACCUUCGCAAGAAUGACCUCAUUAUUAAAGUCAGCGACCACAGCAACAGAAUGCAUUGCUCUGGACUGGCUUGGAACCCAGAAGUGGCCACUCAGCUGGUCUUGGCCUCAGAGGACGAUCGGAUGCCAGUGAUCCAGAUGUGGGACUUACGUUUUGCUACCUCUCCUCUCAAGAUUCUUGAGAAUCACUCACGAGGGAUCCUGUCCAUCGCCUGGAGCUUGGCUGAUCCCGAGCUGCUCCUGAGCUGUGGGAAGGACAACCGGAUCCUGUGCUGGAAUCCCAACACAGCAGAGGUGCUGUACGAGUUGCCCACCAGCAGCCAGUGGUGCUUUGACGUCCAGUGGUGCCCCAGGAACCCCGCGGUGCUGUCGGCUGCGGGCUUUGACGGACACAUCGACAUCUAUUCCAUCAUGGGAGGCAGCAGCCAGGCGCAGAGCCAGAGACACGCCGACCAGAUUAGCAACUCGUUUGGAAACAUGGAUCCUUUCGGCACCGGGCAAACGUUGCCCCCUCUGCAGCUGCCCCAGACCGCCGCCCCUCCAGCCACAGUAAACCCCCUGAAGAAGCCACCCAAGUGGAUCCGCAGACCUGUUGGAGCCUCGUUUGCCUUUGGUGGGAAGCUGGUGUCUCUGGAGAACGGAAAGCCGAACGCUCAGCAGCCUCAGCAGCCCACGUCACACGUUGUACAUAUCAGUCAGGUUGUUACAGAAACAGCCUUUUUGAAGCGCUCCGAUCAGCUGCAGGCCACUCUGAGCGCGGGCAGCUUCGUGGAUUUCUGCCAGGAAAAGGUUGAUGCAGCUGAGAACGAGUUUGAAAAGACUGUUUGGUCUUUCCUCAAGGCUAAUUUUGAAAGCGAUAUCCGCAACAAGUUCCUGGAGCUUCUGGGCUACAACAAAGAGGAGUUAGCCUUAAAGAUUUCAGCAGCACUGGAGGAGAAGCCUGCGGACCCUCUGAAGGUGGAGGAGCCUGCUCCCGCCGUCCUGCAGCCUUUACCAGGCCUCAGCCUCGUGCUGCCCGCUGACAAUCCUGAGGCGGCGUUCGACAUGAUCGCUGCGGCGAACCUUCAGCCGGCUGACACGCUUGAACCUGACGCCGCUCCUGAACCAGAGGCUGAAGAGCCAGAGGCAGAACAUCCAGAGGACGAUGUUCUUCUCAGUGAGCCGGAAGAAAUUAUGGACCAGGUUCUCCCAGAGGGGGAGGCUGAGGAGGAGGGGGAGGGGGAGGAGAUCCCAUUAGAGGAGGAGGUGGCUGCACCGGUGGAGGAGGAGUCCAGUCCAGCUGAGACCUCAGCUCCAGUUCAGGAGCCCACUCCGGUCCCAGCCCCAGCUCCAACCCCUGCAGGAGGCGUCAGUCUCAGCAUCAGUCAAGAUGUGGACGGGCUGAUCACACAGGCUCUGCUGACCGGAGACUUCGAGGGAGCUGUGGACCUCUGUCUCCAUGACAACCGGAUGGCAGACAGCAUCAUCCUGGCCAUCGCCGGCGGGGCCGAACUCUUGGAGAAAACCCAGAAGAAAUAUUUCACGAAAACACACAGCAAGAUAACAAAGCUGAUCAGUGCAGUGGUGAUGAAAGACUGGCAUGACAUCCUGAAGACGUGCGACCUGCAGAACUGGAGGGAGGCUCUAGCUGCCGUCAUGACCUACGCUCAGCCUGAGGAGUUCUCCUCCCUCUGUGACCUCCUCGGGGGCAGACUGGAAGCAGCAGAGGACGCUCAGCUGCAGGCUCAGGCCUGUCUGUGCUACAUCUGUGCUGGUAACGUGGAGAAACUCGUGUCUUGUUGGACCAGAGCUCAGGACGGACACUGUCCUCUCUCCCUCCAGGAUCUGGUGGAGAAGGUGGUGGUGCUGCGUCGUGCAGUGGAGCAGACCCAGCGCUCUGGUCCCGCUGCUAUUGGCAUCCUGCUGGCUGAGAAGAUGAGCCAGUACGCCAGCCUGCUGGCCUCGCAGGGCAGUCUGUCCACUGCCAUCGCCUACCUGCCUGACAACACCAACCAGGUUGCCGUACAGCAGCUUCGUGACCGUCUCAGUCGGGCUCUGGGGCAGCAGGCGGUGGCUCCUGCAGCUCCAGUGCAAACCCAGAGAGCUCGGUCUCAGCAGCCUGCCCCUCAGGCUCGGCAUGGCUCGGCCCUGCCCCGGCAUCCCUUCACCCCGGUGCAGCCCGCCAUGGUCCCUCAGCCCACGGCGGCGGCUCCGGUUCCCAUGCUCACACCUGCCUCUGCCCCUGCACAGCCGCAGUAUUACCAGCCAGUGAGGGCUGCCUCCACUGUCACCUCCUGGAGUAACCAAACUCCCACAGCCCUCCCCAAUGUCCCUCCUCCUCUUCAAGUAGGCAACGCCUCAGACCAGCAGGUGGAGCCUUCAAACUCCAUGUACGGGAUGCCGGCCUCCGGCGCAGCCGCUGCACCUCCGGCCUCCUCCACUCCUGCGUACAUGUACUCCCAUCAGUACCAGCCCUACCCCCAGGUCAACCAGUACCCACCUGGAGCUGGGGGGGCACCUAUCUAUCAGCCUCUUCAGUACACCUCCUCUGCUGCUCCUCCCCCUCCAGCAGAGCCCUCCUCCCCUCCUCACCCCCCUGGCUUUCUCUCUCAGUACACUCAGCCCAUCCCCUCUCAGCCAGUACCUCCGUUCUAUCCUGGACAACCUCCCAUCAGCCACUGCCUGUCCUCCUCUCCUCCCUCCCAUCCGCCUUUCUUUCCCACUGCCUCCUCCUCCUCUUCCUCGUCCUUUCCCGCUCCUCCGUCCUCCGGAGCGUCUUUCCAGCAUGGCGGGCCAGGAUCUCCUGUGUCGUACAUGCCUCCUCUUCCUCCAUCGAGCGGAGUCUCAGGUACACAGCUCGACCCUGACCCCGGGCUGAUCCCCGCCUCUCAGAGAACAGGGCCUCAGAACGGCUGGAACGACCCCCCAGCUCUGAGCCGAGCACCAAAGAAGAAGCACGUUCCAGAGAACUACACCCCUCCUGCCCCCAUCACUGCUCCCAUCAUGGCUCCGCUGGGCGCCGACCCCCAGGCCCAGCCCGUGUCCUCUGGGGCCCCUCAGGCCACGGUCCAGGGUGCGCACGGUGCCCAGGUCCCCUACUCAGGCAUGCACCAGCAGCAGCUCUCACCUCCAGCCAUGAACCCUGCGAUGCCCAAGACCAGUAUGGAGGGUGCACCGGGAGCACCUACUGGAGACCUCAUACAGCCUCUGCAGUCCAUCCCAGCGGAGAAGAUCAUGAAGAAGCCGAUCCCUGAUGAGCACAUGGUCCUGAAGAUCACGUUCGAGGGGCUCAUCCAGAAGUGCUUGGCCGUAGCUACAGACCCCCAAACUAAGAGGAAGCUCGAUGAUGCCAACAAACGUCUGGAAGCACUUUAUGACAAACUGAGAGAGCAGACGCUCUCUCCCGCCAUCGUAGGAGGACUCCACAACAUAGCCAGGACCAUAGAGUCCCGGUCCUACACGGAGGGCCUCAACAUCCACACUCACAUAGUCAGUAACAGCAACUUCAGCGAGACAUCAGCGUUCAUGCCCGUACUCAAGGUGGUGCUGACGCAGGCCAACAAACUCGGGGUCUGAUCCGGCAAAAAACGGAACUCCAGACUCGUCCUCGUCUUUGGCCGGUGGACGGUGGAGAGUGACCGGUCAGGGGUUAGAAACUGUUGGUCGCUUGUUUCAGAGGGAGCUCCGUUUGACUCGCAAUGCAAAUGAUGAAGAAUUCUGAGACGUAUGAAAAUACUGUUAGAUUCUUCUCUGUGCCAUUCACCUUUCCUGACACUCAACUCAAACACAAGCCAUGAUACCAGACGCACUCAGUGGUGAAAGUAAACUCUGAGCCCUGUGCAAACACAUUCACACAACAGUUAAAGGGCUAGAGACUGUUGAAUUAAAAUAAAUACCACCUUCAUCCACCAACAUGUCAACACUAAACGUUUGUUCUUCAUUCAGAUUUGCAGCCAUAUGAAUUAAUGUAAAAUCUUUGAAUAAAUAUGCAGCAGUCGAACUGAAGCAUAACUAAAAUCAAUUCAUAAAUAAAAAUAUAUAGAAAACAAACAGGAAAUUCAGGAAUUUUAAGGGCAUUUCUCUGAGAUCGCCAAAAUAAAUGUAGUCGAUUCCUAAAGUUACUGCAGCGCAGCAGGUUUUUGGCUCAGAACUGUGCGAUGAUGCAAACAGAAGUCGUCAUUUCAGAAAUAUUAGCUUGUUUCAUCUUUAUAGCCUUUCGAUAUUUGUGCACUACAACAAUCCUCAGAUACCUGAUAAUCAUAAAUAUGUAUAAGUUUCUCUAAAAAGUACAAAACCAUGCUUCAUUUUUUUAAACGUGUGAAUGCAUCAUUGCCUGCAUGUAUUUGAUAAGGAAGCUGCAGUUAGAAUAGAUAAGUGUGUUCAUUUGAACAGCAGGAGACAGAAUCUGGACUCAUUUAAAAACAGGACACGAUAUUAGCUGUUAGACUUUAAACCAAUCGUCCCUCUUUUAAGUAUUUAAAGCUAAAGAAAUGCUUGGAGGUACAGUUCUUUUUCUACAUGUACCUAAUACGACAUUUGCUUGGACUCUAAAAGCUGCUUUUACUGACUUACUUUCACCACUGGUGUCACUACAUACAACACGUUGGACCAAGAUGUUGUCAGUGUGUGGGAUGUGUCAAUGCAAAGCAAUGCAAUCCCAUCAGUUGAUGUUUAGUGAUGUUUUUGUUUUUUAAUUCUUCUUUGUUUUUUUUUUCUCAGCGUAAUCCCGAGGCUCAGCAGAGUGCAAUGGACUUUUUAAAAAGAGACUGUGCUUUUAUGGAAUUUUAAAGUAUGCAUGCUUAAACACCGCGCUAGCCGUCGUCUUUAAUGGCAUUCAAGGUAAUUAUCUGCUAAUUAAUCAGACCUCCGAAGGAAACUGGACACAGACUUGUACUUGAUUUUCAUUCCAACCAUAAUGAGGGCUCCAGUCUGAGUGGUCAACCUCAGUUCAUGUUGUUAAUAAAAGAAACAAGUCUUUGUUUUAGAUUGACUACAUGCAAUAUUUUCAAUAAAUAGUAUUUAUUUACAAUAUAACGUUGCAUUAUU